GUUUAUAUUCAUUUCCCAGUGUUCUUUCUUUGGGUAUAGCUGCUUCUGUCCAUCAUUGAUCAAUUGAAACUGAGUUAGAUCUUCUCUUUGUCAAAGAAAUCCACUUCCAUCAGAAUACAUCCUCAUACAGUAUUGUUGUUGAAGUAUAUAAUGAUCUCUUAGUUCUGCUCAUUUCAUUUAGCAUCAGCUCAUGUAAGUCUCUCCAGUCCUCUCUGUAUUCAUCCUGCUGGUCAUUUCUUACAGAACAAUAAGAUUCCAUAACAUUCAUAUACCACAGUUUAUCCAACCAUUCUCCAAUUGAUGGGCAUCCAUUCAUUUUCCAGCUUCUAGCCACUACAAACAGGGCUGCCACAAACAUUUUGGCACAUACAGGUCCCUUUUCCUUCUUUAGUAUCUCUUUGGGAUAUAAGCCCAGAAGUAACACUGCUGGAUCAAAGGGUAUGCACAGUUUGGUAACUUUUGGGGCAUAAUUCCAGAUUGCUCUCCAGAAUAGUUGGAUUCCUUCACAACUCCACCAACAAUGCAUCAGUGUCCCAGUUUUCCUGCAUCCCUUCCAACAUUCAUCAUUAUUUUUUCCUGUCAUCUUAGCCAAUCUGACAGGUGUGUAGUGGUGUCUCAGAGUUGUCUUAAUUUGCAUUUCUCUGAUCAAUAGUGAUUUGGAACACUUUCAUAUGAGUCAUCUACAUUCUUUUCACAGUUUUAUAAACCAAGGAUUUAAAAAAUUCUUUAGCAAUAACUAUAAACUUCUUUGUACUUAAGGCUCUAGGUACAAGGUCAGCUACUUAGUUUUCUCUGUCUUCUUACCUGUUUGCCACCACCAUUGAACCUGUCACAAGUCACUGAGGUUUGGACAGUCUGGCAGAUGUGAGAUAAUUAUAUUCCUAUUAAUAGCAAGGAAAAUAAAUUUUUAUCUUGUCCCAACUUCUCAAUCAAGAUAUAAGCCUGAAGCCGAAUAUUUAUGUACCUUCCUGUGAAUUUAACCUUCCUGUUUGUCUCUCUAGGGCCUACCCAAUAUUAACUCCUCAGCACUAUUAUGUUUGCUUUGCCCUCUUAUGUAAAGAGAGAUGGAUAAGUAUAUUUUUAUUUGUCUGCCCUCUAUUGUUUGUAGAACAAACUUCUCCAGGCUUGGAAAAAAAUUGUCACUCCUGCACUAUACUUUGGGAACAUUUUAUAACUUAAGAAUUACCUGGUGAAUUAAGUCCAGCAAAAUACAUUAAAGAGCAGAAUAGAGACACAAAUUGGAUAAGUUUAGUGCUAAAUGUUCUGUUUAAAGUCCCUUCUAUACUGAGUAGCUUAGUUUCAUAUUCACAAGCAAGGGUAAUUAAGGUAAAUUCAUUAUGAGAUCAUCUCAGGGAAUUCACCUGUCAAAAUAUCCAGCCUCAAGGUUUCCUUUUAGGAGCAACUGAAAGAAAUUGCAAGAAUUAGAUUGGUUAACUGGAAAUUGUCACACUGAUAGCACUUUUUGUGGAAAGGGAACUAAAUUAGGAAAUAAGGGUUUAAGGGAUAUUGACAUCAUUCAGAGACCUAGACUUCAAAAAGUAUGGGGUAUGCUUCAGAAUAUUUGUUGCCCAAGAAUUGGAAAUUGAAGAAAUAUCCAUCAAUUGAGAAAUGGCUAAACAAAUUGUAGUAAAUGAUUAUAAGGGGAUACGAUUAUUUUAUAAGAAAUGUGCUUAUAAGCAGGUAAAUUUCAAAAAAACCUGGAAAGACUUAAAUGAACUGAUUUUGAGUGAAGUGAGUAUAACCAAAAGACCAUUGUGCACAGUAACAACAAUACUGCGCAAUGAUCAGCUGUGACAGAUUUAGCUUUUCUCAGCAAUUUUAUGAUCCAAGACAAGUCCAAGAAACUUGUGAUGGAAAAUGCUGACCAUAUCAAGAGAAAGAACUAUGGAGUCUGAGUGCAGAUCGAAUCAUUAUUUUCACUUUGGGGAUUUUUUUUCUUGUGGUUUUUCCCUUUUGUUCUGGGCCUUCUUUUACAACAUUACUAAUAUGGGAAUAUGUUUAACAUGAUUGUAUAUAUAUAACUUAUAUCAGAUUGCUUGCUAUCUUGGUAGGGGGAAGGAAGAAGGGAAAAAAAUUUGGAGCUCAAAAUCUUACAAAGAUAAAUGUAAACUAUAUAUGUAAUUGGAAAAAAAAUAAAAUACUAGUAAGUUAAAAAAAAAAGAAUAUUUGUUGAUCUUCACUUUCAAAGCCUGGCAUAGCAUUUUCUCUAAAACUGGAUCCUCUUCAACUCUAGGAACCACCCCCUUAGUUAUCCAAUCAUCCGUGUAAAAGUUAGGAUUUGUCCAGGGGGACCAUUGGUCAAAUUACUAUGGUAGCCAACUGACACACCUCCUUUGUCCCCUCUUUCCUUUGGCUGAGAAGUGAUUAGGUCUUCUCAAGAUUUGACUUCUCAGAGUUACUGGAGAUAAUAUUGCCUAAGAAGUUGUUCACCCUGCAAAUUCUGCUGGGUAGCUGAUCCAGUGCAGGGUAACUAGUCAGGUGGAGUGAGUUGGAGGGGUAGCAAGUAGUAAAGUCUGCUAGGAAGACAUCUAUCUUAUUUGUGCUGUUUCCAUUGUUUAGGAGGAACAGAACUAGUGACUGAAGUAUUGAGAUGGCUGUCGACAGGAGCCGGACCACGAUGGAUGGAAACCACCCAGAGCAAGAAAAUGUUCUUCAGAGAGUCUUUCAGCUGCCUGUGGUAAGUGGCACCUGUGAGUGUUUCCAAAAGACCUACACCAGCACCAAGGAAGCUCAUCCUCUUGUGGCCUCUGUAUGUAAUGCCUAUGAGAAAGGUGUACAAGGAGCUAGCAACCUAGCUGCAUGGAGCAUGGAGCCUGUGGUCCGACGGCUGUCAACACAAUUCACAGCUGCCAAUGAGCUAGCCUGCCGUGGAUUAGACCACUUGGAAGAAAAGAUUCCUGCUCUCCAAUACCCUCCAGAAAAGAUUGCUUCUGAACUAAAAGACACCAUCUCCACCAGGAUCCGAAGUGCCAGGAACAGCUUCAGUGUCCCCAUUGCCAGCACUUCAGAUAAGGUCCUGGGGGCAGCUUUGGCAGGCUGUGAGCUUGCUUGGGGCAUGGCACGGGACACAGCUGACUAUGCCUCCAGCACCCGAGUGGGUCAGUUGGCAGCUGGAGGAGCAGACUUGGCCUUAAGCAAUGUUGAGAAGGUGGUGAACUACUUGAUGCCAGCACCCAAGGAAAACCCAGCCCCAGUUCUGGAGCGCCCUAGUCCUCCCCAAGUUCAGCAGAAGCUGCUAAAGCCAAAGCCCAGCUUCCUUCAAAGAAUUGGAACUUUAACCAACAAUAUCUCCCAGCAUACUUUUCAGACGACUAUCCAGACCCUCCGCUGGGGCCAUGCGUUAGCCAAGUGGAUCCCAGGUGUGGCUCCAUUGAGCAGUAUGGCCCAGUGGGGUGUGUCGGCUGCCCUGGAGGUCGUGUCAAGACCCCGAUCCACAUCAAGGGGAAACUGGCAAUACAACCAGGCUCAGGAAGAGGAGGAGGACGAAGAGGAGGACGAGGAGGAGGAAGAGGAGGAGGACGAAGAAAACCUUGAAAUGAGGAAGGAGGAGAACAAAUUAAAUGAGACCAGGCCCAGUAACCAGAGCCUCUUAGGUAGUGUGGUUCACACUUUGCAGUCUGCCUACUUGACCACCGUCUCCACUGUCAAGUGGGCGCCCUUUGCCAUCUGGAACAACACUGCUGGAAGACUGCUUCACCUUACUUCUGGUCAGGAAACCUUUGCCAAAGGCAGGGCAAUGUCACUAUCAGAUGCCCUGAAAGGAGUCACAGACAAUGUGGUGGACACAGUGGUGCACUAUGUGCCACUCCCCAGAUUAUCACUGAUGGAGCCGGAGAGCGAGUUUCAGGAUAUAGAUAACCCUCCAUCUGACACUGAUCGAAGUGAAGGGGCCAGUUCUCCCACCCCUGAGGUCCCAAGCAAGCUCCUGCACCGUAGCAGCCUGAGGAGUACCCGGAACUGCAACGCUCUCUCCUUCCUGGGCCUAGAAGACAAACUCUUUACACAGCAGAAAGUGUUGGACCAGGUGCCCCAGCAGCGCAGCUCCCUUCACCGUGGCCCCACCUUUGAGCCUGACACACCUGCCAGUAGCCGUUCUAUGUUCUCCUCCUACCACCGUGAGAAACCCACCCGCCGUGUGAGUGACAGCUUCUACCGGCCCAGCGUCAUGGAGCCCAUCUACAACCGGAUCCACCACAGCCAGCUUUACAAGAAGAACUGACCCAGGUCCAAGUCCCUGUAACCAGCCCUUCCUUGGUGCCCUCGGUUGGUCCCUUCAGUUAGCUCUCAUACCUUGCUACAAUUGCCAUGCCCAGCUUAUUCCUGCUGCCUCCCCAGAGAAAAGCAAAUCCUGGAUCUUAGGAGAACUCAGUCCAGUGACCUCUGUGUCUCCUUACAACUUACAUAAUCACUCAUUGCUUUGACAGAAUCCUAGGUAUCCUUUAGAUGGAUUCCCCCCUCUCCCUUCCAGCUUGCCAGAAAGAUACCACCAGCACUGAGACCAACAUGAGGGCAAAACUGAGGGCUUCUGGUGCUUGGAGGCACCAAAACCAAGAUCCAGAAACUCCUCACUCCAAGGAGCUCCCAGUGUAACUGAAUCAGGUCUAAAUAUAAAGAAUGAGGUCUGGGGAAGAGGGAAAUUUGUGCUUUUAAACCUGCUUCAUCUCAUUUAAGUCAGUUAUGCCCCUCAAAGUAGUUCCCUUGGGAGCUGAUAUAGUCUUCCAGUGGUGCAACUCCUGCUCAAACACAUCUAGACUUUUUCUUUGGCAAAAGCCUCCAAGGUCCUGUUUGUGGCCACACAAGAAGGCCAACUUUCCCCUUUGUAUGGUCAGAUCUCCUUAACAGGAACCUACAUGAGAUUUUGAAGAUUAUCUAGUCCAAAUGCCUUGUCUUAUAGAUAAGUGAGUGGUGGCCCAGGGAGCUUGAGUUACUAGCCCAAAGUCAUAUAGGAUAUAGAACCAGACCCAGGUCAUUUGACUUGAAAUCCCCUCCUUCUCAAUUUCUUUCUUUCUUUCUUCUUUUUUUACAAGGCAAUUAGAGUUGUGACUUGCCUAGGGUCACAUAGCUAGGAAGUGUUAAGUGUUUGAUGCCAGACUUGAACUCAGGUCCUCCCGAGUCCAGGACUAGGGCUCUAUCCACUGUACCAUGUAGCUCCUUCUUACUUUUGACCCAAAUUGACUCCAGAUAUCCAAAAAUCAAAUCCAUCCUCAAAGAAGAAAAGGUUUGUCACCAAUGAGAUUAUUCAAAAGGAAUUGUUCUGAAGACAAUUCCCAAAAAAUUGUUCUCAAAGUGUUUUGAGCAAUGUGUUGGAAUAAAUGUAUGGGCUUUCCAAGGGA